ACUACCCAAUACGAAUGGCGUCCCCUCGGAGCUCUCUCUUGAGUGCCAAAGUGUUAAUGAAGUUAUUAAAACUACCGUUACGACGUUUUGUUGGCGUUUCAAUUGGACGCUUUCUACAAAGAUGUUCGCUUAAACCGAGCCAUUGCUCUUAUAGUAGUGGUGCCCCGUCCGGAAGUCAUUUAUUAUACACCGCAGAUCAUUUUGCUUUAAGAGCGUCUCUGAGAAAGAUUAUUGACAAUGAAAUCAAUCCAUUUGUGGACAAAUGGGAAGAAGAGGGACAAUUUCCAGCACACCAAGUUUUUAAAACACUUGGGAACUCUGGAUUUCUUGGAAUAGACAAGCCAACCGAAUAUGGCGGCCUAAAUUUGGAUUUCUCCUAUGUUAUAGCAAUGGCAGAAGAAUUUGGAGCGAUUCGCUGUGGGGCUAUUCCCAUGGCUAUUGGGGUACAGACCAGUAUGGCUACACCAGCUCUUACAAGAUUUGGUACAGAUGAGCUGAAGAAAGAAUUUCUUGCUCCAACAAUAGCUGGAGAUGUUGUGGCUUGCAUAGGAGUAAGUGAAUCUGGGGCAGGUUCAGAUGUUGCAAGCAUCAAGACCAAAGCUGUAAGAAAAGGUGACGACUAUGUGAUAAAUGGUAGCAAAAUGUGGAUCACUUCUGGAAUUCAGGCAGACUGGAUGUGCCUCUUGGCAAACACAAAUGAUGGACCACCCCACAAAAAUAAAUCUCUUCUAUGUCUGCCAAUGAAAUUGCCAGGUAUUCACAUUGCUAAGAAAAUCGAUAAGCUUGGUAUGAGAUCAUCUGACACAGCGGAAAUCUUCUUUGAAAAUGUCAAAAUUCCCAGAAAAUACCUCAUUGGAGAAGAAGGAAUGGGAUUUAAUUACCAGAUGUUGCAGUUCCAAGAAGAACGAAUGAUUGGAGUAGCACUUACACUGACGGGUCUAGAAAUCCUGAUAAAAGAAACUAUUGAUUAUACUUCUCAACGGAAAGCAUUUGGCCAGCCAAUACUUCACAAUCAAGUAGUGCAUUUUCGCCUGGCUGAACUAGCCACUGAAGUGGAGCUCCUUCGUGCAUUGCUCCAUGAGGCAGUAGGUCUCUACAUACGCGGUAAUGAAGUGACCAAACUUGCAUCCAUGGCCAAGUUAAAAUGUGGUCGCCUAUGUCGAGAAGUUCCAGAUAGCUGUCUCCAGUUCUGGGGAGGAAUGGGGUACACUAAUGAAGUGCUAGUGAGUAGAAUGUUCAGAGAUUACAGAUUGACAUCAAUAGGAGGCGGUGCUGAUGAAAUCAUGCUGUCCAUUAUAUGCAAAUACAUGGGUAUCUUGCCCCAAAAGAACCAAACAGGAUAAGCCCUGGAAUUUUGAAAACUAUAGAAGACAAUUAUGGAGAAAAAAAAUCUUAACCUCAGUCAGCCUAAUUAUAUUCUUUAAAUUGUUUAAAGUUUUAAUGUUAACAACUUUAAUUUUUCAUUUUUCUUUCAUUUUUAUUAUUGUAAGUUGCCUAAAGUAGCCUCAAAGCAAGGCAAACAGCAAAUAAAUUUAAUUAAUAAAUAAUACUGAGAGGAAAUGGGUUGACUGGAAAAAGGAAACAUCCCUAUUGUAUGUCCCUAUAUUUUUAAAUCAUAAAUAUGUAUGGUCUAUAUAAGCCUGACUAUUAGCAAAAAAAUCAAAGAUAUUCCUCAGUAUUUUGAUUAUAUAAUAAAAUAGGAUAUAUUUUUUGUAAUUGAAGCAUUUAUAUGAUUGGAAUAAAUUACAAAUCAUGAAUUGUUCUAUUGUAUUUUAAAUAUAUAUAUUGAAAAAUG